AUGUUCGAAGAAAUUCCAAGAUGGGUGAUAUUCACGGCUAUCUCAUCUCUGCUGUGUGUUGCAGGUAGUCUUUGUGUUCCGGUGGUGUCAUGUUUUUUCCGCAAAAGCUCCGGAGUCAAUUCAAGACUAUUAAACUACGGUCUAUCACUGAGCGCUGGAUCUAUGAUGACCACCAGUCUUAACAAGAUGCUCCCUAAAGCUGAAAAGGCAGACCGUUUAACGGUAUUUUUGGGGUUUGUUCUUGGAGUGACGGCUAGUUUUUUGCUGAACUUCAUCGUCCAUGCCUACACAAGUGAAAGUUUGGUACACUGUAGUCACGGAGAGGGCGACACAAAAUUGCACGACUCAGACUCUCAUCAUCACAGCCACACAGAUAAUGUACUGGAUCCCCACGAUCAUUCCCAUUCUGAACAUGAACACAAUCACCACCACGGCAGCGAAAACGCUCCACACUCUGAGGGCGAACACCAACAUCAAGGCGAACACGAACCACUAAUUACAGGAAGACCAUCGUUGAAGUCUGGACAUGCACCCCCACUACGAUCCAAGCGCUCAAUCAUAGAUUUUUUAUCCCGCCCCACGAUUCGCGCUGGAAAUUGUUAUGGUUCAAAGUAUUGUGUGCCUAAAACCGUUCGGUCUAGUAGCCACAGCAACCCUGAAGAAGUUUCCAUGGCAUGUCCGUCAGGCGCUUCCAAAAUUGCCUGUCCAGAAAAUGAUAUCGGAUACGAUCUCGAAAACCUCUCGGUGUAUCGCGCCAAUUUCUUAAAAGGUGAAAUGUCUCACGAGCAUUUGAACCGUCAUGGAUCUAUUGGCUCUUCCUCCUCCACUCCGGAAAGUCUCGAAAGCGGCCAACAUCACCACCAUCAUCUCGCAACUCCGUUCUCUAAGCUGAUGUCCAUAGGUAUCCAGACCUGUUUGGUAAUUACAUUGCACAAGUUUCCUGAGGGAUUCGUUGUUUUUUUUACUAAUAAAAACAACUCAGAUUCAAGGUCAUUCGGGCUCUCCAUUUUUCUCAGUCUCGCAAUCCACAACUUUAUAGAGGGUUUUGCGAUGACUUUGCCACUUUAUGCUGCUUUCAGAAACAAGGCCUAUGCCAUUUUGGCCGCCAGUGCAUUAGGAGGAGGUUCUCAACCUUUAGGCGCCAUAAUUGGCUAUUUCAUUUUCAAGAGAACUGGGGCUCAGGAACUGAACAUAAAUAUUCUUCUCAGCGUCACUUCCGGUUUCUUGUUCGUGAUAGCCAUUCAAAUGUUUCAGACUGCAAUCAGUUUUAGUGAUUCUCACCAUCAUCACGACGGCGGUGAUGAAGACGAGCAGGAGGAACCUCACACUUUAGCGACUGUGUGUUUGAGGUGGUGCUGUUUGGGAGCAUUUUUAGUUCUCUCAACAGGGCUUUUCUCGUCAUAG